GGCCGCGAUAUCCGAACGUUUCUGGAACACAAAUGAAACGGUUCAUGCGCCUAAAACCGAUGGCAUAAGUGCGUCAAAUUUGACUUCUCUUACUUCUCCACACCCCAAUUACUACUUCAAACUCGAAUUACAACUUCCAACCCAAAUUUAAUAGCAAAGAAACACAAAAUGUCUUGGACGGGAUUUAUGAAGGCGGUGAACCGUGCGGGAACGCAGGUGAUGAUCAAGACGGGACAUGUGGAGCAGACGGUGGACGCCGAAUACGACUUGGAGGAGAAGCGAUUCAAGGCGAUGGAAACGAUUGGUGUGACGCUCCACAAAGAACUAAAGCAUUAUCUCGACUCCUUACGUCUUUUGACCAACUCCCAGCGAUUGAUUGCCGAGACAAUUGACUCCUUCUAUGACGCCCCCGACGCCAACUCCCGUGACGGGAUCUCCAAGCGAUAUUUAGAGGUGACCCAGGAAUUAAACCAGAACGUGCUCCAGGAGCUAGAAGGGCCAUAUAAGGAGACUGUUUUAAAUCCAGUAGCGCGUUUCAACACGUACUUUACGGAAAUCGACGAGGCUAUCAAGAAGCGCGCUCACAAGAAGCUAGACUACGACCACUUGCGGGCCAAGGUGAAAAAGUUGGCGGAAAAGCCGCUGGAAGAUGCCACUAAGUUGCCCAUGUUAGAGCGCGACCUGGCGGCGCUGCGGCAGAUUUACGAAAACUUGAAUUCUCAGUUGAAGACCGAGUUACCCCAGUUGGUGUCAUUGCGCAUCCCGUACUUGGAUCCGUCGUUCGAGAGCUUUGUAAAAAUCCAGUUACGGUUCUUUAAUGAGUGCUACGAGAGCUUGAACAAAUUGCAGAACUCCAUGGACAGUCAGCUGAGGCAGGAUUAUGUGAACGACACGUUGGACCAGUCCAUUGACAACGUCUUACACAAGAUGCGGGAGUUGAAUAUCACUUCAUUGGGAGAUUAACAAACUAGAGGCUUUGAUUACUAGAGGUAUGGUUUGUCUGUCACCUCGAGGUUACCUGAUAUCUGAGGUUUACCAUGAAAAUCUCUUGAAGACUACACCUGACAUCCCAUAUGAUAUACCUGAGGCUAUUCAAAUUCUUUUCUACGAUCUGAACGUCCCAGAAAUGCCUGUUGGUGGAUUUUAUGUCUCCUGGCCCAGAAAUCUACGUUUUCGUGUUUUUGGUAAAUCCAACGAUUCGUAGGCCGCAUGUUUUAGCGAAGAGGCUUUGUUUUAGACCGUAUACUCAAUUAAGAAACCGUUCCUAGUUUUACCAAAGUCCUUGAUCGGGUUUUUGUGUUCCAGCUCCAUUUAUUGUCAUAACAUAACGGUCUCUCCGUCUCAGAUCUUUAGUACGUCUAGGGCCAAAGACAAAAUGCGCAUUCUGGAUGGUUAUGUUUUAUUGUUAUUACAUCG